AUGCAUGCAGCAGCAGCAGCAGCAGCAGCAGCAGCAGCAGCAGCAGUAGAUGCAGAUGCAGUGCGUGCUGCAGUAGAAGCGGCAAGCGCUCAAUCACCGAUGCAGCAGCAACAGCAGCAACAGCAGCAACAGCAGCAGCAGCAACAGCAGCAACAGCAGCAGCAACAGCAACACCUCACCAAUCCUCCUGCUGCUAGCAGCAGACAAGAGCUCAAACACCGAUGCAGCAGCAACAGCAGCAACAUCCUCAUCCUCAGCAACAGCAACAGCAGCAACAGCAGCAACAGCAGCAGCAACAGCAACACCUCACCAAUCCUCCUGCUGCUAGCAGCAGCAAUAGAAAGUCUCUUUGUAGAUAAUAUGCUGCCCCCCACCCGCCGUGUUGUAUCUCUGCUGCGUAUACGUUGUGUUGGGAUCGUCUCCUCCAGCCUACGUGAUAGUGAAGUGUGGGGUAGACAGCAGCAGCAGCAGCAGCAGCAGCAGCAACAGCAGCAGCAGCAGCAGCAGCAGCAGCAACAGCAUCACCACCACCACCACCACCAGCAGCAACAGCAUCACCACCACCACCACCAGCAGCAGCAGCACCACCACCACCAGCAGCAACAGCAGCAGCAGCAGCAGCAACAGCAGCAGCAGCAGCAGCAGCAGCAGUAG